AUGCCCGCUACCGUUGCGCAGAUUCUCGCGCCUUACGAGUACAAACCGGAGCUCGUGGAGCGUGUAGCCUCACGGACGGUAGAACCUUCCAUUACCAUACUUGAGCCCAACCCAGAAUGGCCGCAACGGUUCGAAGAAGUCAAAGAGCGGAUUCAAAAAGCCCUUGGGGCCUUGAUCUUGGACAUCGCUCAUGCCGGCUCUACCAGCGUUCCUGGCCUACCAGCUAAAGACAUUAUUGAUGUUGAUCUGAGCCUAAAAGAUGCCAUGGAUGAAGCAUCCUAUGUGAGACCUCUGGAAGAGGCAGGAUUUCGGUUCCUCUUGCGCGAACCGCGAUGGCACCAGCACCGGUUCUUUGUGGAGAAUUGGCCCAAAGCCUACCACGUCAAUGUCCAUGUUUGGGGUCCCGAUUCACCCGAAGCUGCCCGACAUCGUAUCUUUCGUGACUGGUUACGCAAAACGCCAGCGGAUCUAGAACUAUAUGCCAAAGUGAAACGCGAAGCGGCUAAACAGGCUGCUGUAGCUGGAGAUUCGAUGAUGGAUUAUACGCAACGGAAAGAGGAAACGAUCCGUGAGAUCCUAGAAAGAGCAUUCGGUGAUUUGGGCUAUAAUGAAUGA